AUGCGUAUCGAGGAGCUGGUGCUUGAGGGCUUCAAGUCUUAUCCAGUCCGAACUCAAAUAACGGGAUGGGAUCCGUCUUUCAACGCGAUCACUGGGCUGAAUGGCUCGGGCAAGUCGAACAUUCUCGACGCGAUAUGCUUUGUUCUGGGGAUGACGAAUACUUCUGCGAUGCGCGCUCAAAACCAGCAAGACCUGAUCUAUAAGCGCGGACAAGCCGGAAUCACGAAAGCAAGCGUGACGAUCGUGUUUGACAACUCAGAUCGGGCGACGAGUCCACCGGGGAUGGAGAACUGUAAGCAGAUCACCGUUACGCGGCAGAUUGCGCUCCCUAACAUCUCAAAGUAUCUUUUGAAUGGCCAUAAAUCUCAGCAGCACACGAUACAGACCCUUUUCCAAAGCGUCCAGCUCAAUAUCAACAACCCGAACUUCCUCAUCAUGCAAGGACGUAUUACAAAGGUUCUCAACAUGCGCCCUCAAGAAAUCCUUGGUAUGAUCGAAGAGGCGGCGGGUACUCGCAUGUUCGAGGAGCGGAAAGACAAGGCGAAGAAAACGAUGGGGAAGAAGGACAAGCGGGUGCAGGAGAUCAACUCCCUGCUCGCUGAAGAGAUCACGCCGAAACUCGAUGGGCUGCGUGCGGAGAAGCGAGCCUUCCUACAGUGGCAGAAGGCCUGCUCGGAACUAGAGCGAAUAGGGCGGCUGUUGAGGGCUUGGGAAUGGACGGAAGGGAACCAGAGAGUGGAGAGGAAGCAGGCUGAGAUCGAAAAGAAGGAGAAGGAGAUGAAGCGUAUCCAAAAGGACAGGGGACGGUACGUCAAGGAGGGAGAUGCGGCGGAGAAGCAGUGCGAGCAGCUGAACGCGCAGCGGGAUAAGGAGCUGAAGAAGGGUGGGAAGUUCAAGAAGCUGGAAGAGGAGGUGGGAGAGCUCGAGAAAGUUCUGGUCAAGAUCCGGACGCAGGUCGAGAUCAAGGAAGGCACGAUCUCUGACGAGGAAGGGAAAGUGAUGACCUUGGAGAAGGAGCUGAAGGAGACCGAGGAAGCGUUGGCCGAGAAACAUGCUCAGGUCGAGCACCUCCAAACGUCGUAUGACAGCAUUAAAGAGAAGCACACGGAGACACAGAAUUCCCUUACGACCUCCGAGGAGCUCCUACAGUCCCUGCUCACCGGUCUCGGUGCAAAUCAUGCCGGCGGUGGCGGAUACAUGGGCCAACUAGCCGACGCGAAGGCACGGCUCGCGCAAGCCACCGCAGAAGAAGAGCAGUGCAAGACAAAACUGGGUCUGAGCGAGAAGGAACUGAAGGCAUUGCAAGCCCGCUGGAAGGAAGUUGAAAGGGAGGCAGGGGACAGCAAGAGGAACCUGGAGGUGAUGAAGACCGAGGUUGAGACGCUGCGCGACAAAGUUGCACAAUCGGGCUGGAGCGCGGAGAAGGAGCGGGAGGGCCAGGAGGCGCUGCAGAGCGCGAAGGAUGAAGUGAGGCGACUAACAGAGCAACGUGACGCGGUCAAGCAGCGACUUUCUUCGUUAAGCUUUGACUAUACCUCUCCGCGCCCUAACUUCGAUCGGUCUAAAGUGAAGGGGCUUGUGGCGUCCCUGAUCUCCCUAGAUCCCUCCGACUAUAACAAGUCAACGGCUUUGGAGAUAACCGCGGGUGGGAAGCUCUACAAUGUUAUCGUCGACGAUAACAAGGUUGGCGAAGACCUUCUGAAAAACGGCGGCUUGAAGCGUCGAGUUACUAUCCUUCCCUUGAACAAGAUUGACAACAGCCGGAUGCAUGAUGAUAAAGUCCGCGCGGCGGAGAGGCUGGCGCCGGGCAAGGUCCGGUUGGCGCUCUCUUUGGUUGGUUAUCCCGAAGAAGUCAGCAAUGCCAUGAACUUCGUCUUCGGGAAAACCUUGAUCUGCGACGACGCGCAGUCCGCGAAGCUGGUGACCUUCUCGAAGGAGGUCGGUGGUGCUCGGUCGGUCACUCUGGACGGGGACGUCUAUGAUCCGUCAGGCACCCUCACCGGUGGCGCAGCUCCUAGUGCCAGUGGCGUCCUGGUGAAGGUCCAGGAACUGUUGGACGCAGAAGCGAAGCUGAACGAAGCCAAAAGUCGGCUGGAUGCGUUAGAGCGAGAAGAGGAGAGGAGCCGAUCGGCUCGAGAAAAAUGGAAGAAGCUCGUAAGGGAGCUUGAAAUCAAGGAGCACGAGUUAAGGCUGCUGGAAGAGCAGGUUGGAGGCAGCAAUGCGGCCAGGCUCUCCGCCCAGAUCGAUGAGAUGAAGUCCACUAUCGCCGAGCUCCAAGCCUCCGUACAAGCGGCCAAAGAGAAGCAGAAGUCCGCUCGAGACGAAUGCAAGAAGCUCGAGAAGGACAUGGAUGAGUUCAAGAACAACAAGGAGGGCAAGAUCGACGAACUCAAGGCUGAUAUCGCCAAGCAAAAGGCUGCGCUGCAGAAGCAAGCUGUGGUGGUGAAGACGCAGCAGAAAGAGGUGCACACUGCGACGCUGGAAUUGGAGCAAUUCGACCAAGACAUCGAAUCCGCCAAGGCCAACCUGGACGAAGCGCGUGCCGGUAUCGAACAGUUACGGGAAGAGCUCAGCGAGUUAACGCAGGAGUUGACCAAGCGCGAGGCCGCUCACGCGAAAGUGGAGGCUAAACUUCGGGAAGAGCGGGCGACGCUCACGCGCUUCGACAACGAGCUGAAGGAGCUCGAUAAAGUGAUCCAGGAGAAGAAGCAGGCAGUUGCUGACGCGGACCUGGCGGUGAAGAAGCUCGAGCACGAUAUCCAGACGCUGUCCAAGGAGAAGACCACGGCGAGCAACUUCGUCGCGAACUUGGAGAAGAUGCAUGAAUGGAUAGCCGAGGAUCACGAGCUCUUUGGCACACCUGGGAGCCAGUACGACUUCGCGUCGGUGGACAUUCCCCUGCUGAGAGAGAAAGCAGCGGAGCUGGAGGAUCAGCAGAAGGGGAUGAAAAAGAAGGUCAAUCCGAAAGUCCUCAACAUGAUUGAUAGUGUCGAGAAGAAAGAGGCGGCGCUGAAGAAGAUGCUGUCCACAGUCAUGAAGGAUAAGGAGAAGAUCGAGGAGACGAUCGAGGAGCUCGACCGGUAUAAACUGGAUGCCUUGGAGAAGACGUGGACGAAAGUCAAUGGCGACUUUGGCGGUAUCUUCGCCGAGCUCCUCCCGGGCAACUUCGCGAAAUUGCAACCACCUGAGGGGCAAGACCUUACGCAAGGACUGGAGGUUAAAGUGCAGCUGGGCAGCGUCUGGAAGCAGAGUCUAACGGAACUCAGCGGUGGCCAACGAUCGCUGAUCGCGCUGUCGCUCAUCAUGUCCCUCCUCCAAUUCAAGCCCGCGCCGAUGUACAUUCUGGACGAAAUCGACGCGGCACUCGACCUCUCGCACACGCAGCACAUCGGGCACCUGUUCCGCACGCGGUUCAAGGGCUCGCAGUUCAUCGUCGUCUCGCUCAAGGAGGGGCUAUUCACGAAUGCGAACGUGCUUUUCCGCACGCGGUUCAGGGACGGCACGUCCAUCGUCGAGCGGACGGCGCAGCGGUCGACGUCGGCGUUGUAUGCGGGUGAGAAAGAUUCGGAGGGAGAUGAGAGGGCGCCGAGGCGGGGGAGAAGGGGUGUAGCAUAGAGUGUGCAUCUUGUUUUAUUCGGUUUCGCUCUUGUUAUAUGUAUGGUACUGUACGAUUAUGUGGGUAUUUACGGUAUGAACUACAGGUUCACCCUGUCGUGGGGGUGACCGGACAAGAGACAAAUGACAAAUGAAACGAAU